AUAGAGAACCCAUGCUGCGCAUGCAGGAGGGAGAAGGACAUUCUCAGCUCUGCCUGGACAGGCUGCAGCUCGAGGCUAUUCAUAAGGAGGCAUGGCACUCUGGCGGGCAUACCAGCGGGCCUUGGCUGCUCAUCCGUGGAAAGUCCAGGUCCUGACGGCUGGGUCCCUGAUGGGCCUGGGUGACCUGAUCUCACAACAGCUGGUGGAGAGGCGGGGUCUUCAGGAACACCAAACACGCCGGACGUGGACCAUGGUGUGUCUGGGCUGUGGCUUUGUGGGCCCUGUAGUAGGAGGCUGGUACAAGGUUUUAGACCGGCUCAUUCCUGGCACCACCAAAUUGGAUGCACUAAAGAAGAUGUUGUUGGACCAGGGGGCCUUUGCUCCGUGUUUCCUAGGCUGCUUCCUGCCACUGGUAGGGACACUUAAUGGACUAUCAGCCCAGGACAAUUGGGCCAAACUGCAGCGGGAUUAUCCUGAUGCCCUCAUCACCAACUACUAUCUCUGGCCUGCUGUGCAGUUAGCCAACUUCUACUUGGUCCCCCUGCAUUACAGGUUGGCCGUUGUCCAGUGUGUUGCUGUCAUCUGGAAUUCCUACCUGUCCUGGAAGGCACAUCAACUCUAACCCUGCCCUGCCCCACUGGUCCCACUGCAGUGGUGAACUGUGACCCUGGAAUGCUGUCUUUUCAUAGUUUUGCAGAUCAGUGUCCAUGAGGUGGGGUUGCUGGUUAGAGCACUCUGCAAUAGCGCAGUUCACUCCAAAAUGUAUGCUGACUGUUUCUGAAAUCAUGGACGCCUUUAUGAUACCUUCACAAGUACUUGAGGCCAGGGAUGUGUUCUGAGAACAGUACUGUUAGGCAGUUGCCGCACUGUGUGAACACCACAGUGGUCCUUACGCCUGUGUGCUGUGGGUCAGUCCCACAGCAUGGUGUUUUGAUGCAAACAGGAGACAGUAAACUUGAGAUGUAUGAGACCACUGCCUGUGUAACAGCCUACUGGUUUACCAUAGAAGAAGGGGUACACUGUAAAAUAAUGAUAAAUAUAAAUACACAAACGAGUAACGUUGUUCAUUGUCAGGUCUUACAUGCUGUGGAUAAUUGUACAUACUGUGCUUUUAUGCAGCUGGCGCCACAGCAUUUUUGUUUCCACUGGUAUCGCCAUAGGCACAGGAAAACACAUUGCACUGUGAUGUUAUAGCAGGGACUGUGCCAGUAGGUGAUAGGAAGUUUUUGACUCCAUUAUAAUUUUAUGGGGUCACAGUUGUGUACGUAGUAUGUACAUAGUCUGCCAUUGACUGACAUGUCAUUUACAGCACAGGAUUGUGGUCUCUCACGCCACAUGUGUAGUAUGUACUCCAUAAAUAUUUGUGGAAUUGUAUGACCUUGUCCACUUUUCAUCCACAUACCAACAAAUGCCACUUUACCCUUUUUAUAGAUAGGUCUG